CGCGCGAGAGGAGUCAGACGCGUUUUGCCUGCGCUCCGCUCGAUGAGGCUGAUUGGCGGGCGCCGCUGGUGACGCGCGGGGCCUGCCCUGGCCGAAGAGGAGGCGCUAUCGCGCGGCUUCGGGAACUACGCGGCGCCCCGGCUUGAGGCCUAGUGCGAAAGGUUCUGAACCGGGAAGAAAAUGUCUCUCUACGAUGACCUGGGAGUGGAGACCAGCGAUUCCAAGACUGAAGGAUGGUCCAAAAACUUCAAACUAUUGCAGUCUCAACUGCAAGUCAAAAAAGCAGCGCUCACCCAAGCAAAGAGUCAGAGGACGAAGCAGAGCACGGUCCUCGCACCGGUGAUCGACCUGAAACGAGGCAGCGCCUCUGACGAGCGACAGGUGGUGGACACCCCACCGCACGUGGCAGCCGGCCUGAAGGACCCCGUUCCCAGCGGCUUUUCUGCGGGGGACGUGUUGAUCCCUCUGGCGGACGAGUACGAUCCCAUGUUCCCCAAUGACUAUGAGAAAGUCGUGAAACGCCAGCGGGAGGAGCGGCAGAGACAGCGAGAGCUGGAGAGGCAGAAAGAGAUUGAAGAAAGAGAAAAGAGGCGCAAAGACCGGCACGAGGCGAGUGGAUUCUCGAGACGGCCAGAUCCAGAUUCGGACGAAGACGAGGACUAUGAAAGGGAGAGAAGGAAACGAAGCAUGGGAGGAGCCGCUAUUGCACCGCCAACGUCUUUGGUCGAAAAGGACAAAGAACCGGUGCCGAAUUUCCCGUAUGAAGAAGAGUCGCGGCCGCGCGGUUCGUCCUCCAAAGCAGCCGUCCCCCCGCCGAUGUACGAUGAGCCCGAGAGACCGCGGUCACCGACAGGCCCCAGCAACUCCUUCCUCGCCAACAUGGGAGGCACCGUGGCGCACAAGAUAAUGCAGAAGUACGGCUUCCGGGAGGGCCAGGGACUCGGGAAGCAUGAACAGGGCCUGAGCACGGCUCUCUCUGUAGAGAAGACCAGCAAGAGGGGCGGCAAAAUCAUCAUCGGCGAUGCUGCUGAUAAAGCAGACGCGUCCAAGAAAUCGGAUUCGAACCCUUUAACAGAGAUACUGAAGUGCCCCACCAAAGUGGUCUUGUUAAGGAACAUGGUCGGGGCUGGGGAGGUCGACGAGGAACUUGAAGGGGAAACCAAGGAGGAAUGUGAAAAAUACGGCAAAGUUGGGAAGUGUGUCAUCUUUGAGAUUCCAGGCGCUCCCGAUGACGAAGCGGUGAGAAUAUUUCUGGAGUUUGAGAGGGUGGAAUCGGCAAUCAAAGCCGUGGUUGACCUGAACGGAAGGUACUUCGGGGGCCGAGUGGUGAAGGCCUGUUUCUACAACCUGGACAAAUUCAGAGUGCUGGACCUCGCCGAGGAAGUCUGAGCCCCGCCCGCCCCGCCCCGACAAGGACGUAUCACUGUUGGAAAUCUCCCCCCACCCCCCAGCUGCCGUGCUGAGAACCGAACAGAGCUUCUCUUCUAAAAACUGAAAAGAAUUCCCUGAAUGGAUUCUUCCUACUUGUUGUG